UCACCUGGAUAAGCGAGACUCAGCAGUCGCGAAUCAUAUAGCGCGGGAUAAAACGAAAGCUUAUGAGUAAUUGGACAUCCUUCCUUUCUUUCUGUCAAAGGAGAUAAAGCAGAUGCUUCACGAGGAAUGGAAGGAGAUUUUGUUUCACCAAAGACGCAAUGAGAGGGUCUAGGUUCAGAGAUCAUUGAACAUUUGGUUGAUACGCUUAUCAGCAGAAUAUACGAGUUUUUUGCUCUGUGAAGGAAAAGUUCAUUUUUUCCUGAAGUGCUGUAUUGUACCGAAGUUGACAUGGCUCUUCUAGUCCACCUUAAGACGAUCCGGGACCUUCGUGGAAAAGGGGACAGAAUCGCCAAAGUCACAUUUCGAGGUCUGUCGCUCUACACGCAUGUGCUGGAAAACUGUGAGGAUGAGGCCAGAUUUGAUGAGACGUUCCGAUGGCCGAUUGCCAGUAGAGUGGAUGAAAAUGAGAUGCUGGAAGUUCAAGUGUUCAACUACAGCAAAGUCUUCACCAACAGAGUCAUUGGAACCUUCAAGAUGGUUCUACAGAAGGUGGCAGAGGAGGGCCAGCUAGAGGUGACAGACACACUCAUCGACGACAACAACACCGCCAUCAGGGCCAGUGUUACCAUAUACAUCAAGUACACGACGAUGGAUGGGACUGUGGGGGUUUGGAGUGACGGAGAAUUCCUGGACAUCCCGGGUGACCCGGAGGGAACGUUCCAGUUUGAGACGGACAGUCUGCUCUCCGGACACAGCCAGGGGUCAGGAGUGUCACAGGGGCGAUCCAUCCAUGGAAUUCCCACUUUUAGGAAAGCGGGGAAGGGGGUAUUCUCAGCCAUGAAGCUCGGCAAGACCAAGAGCUCCAAGGAUGACCACAAGAAAGAUGAGCCAGCCAUCUUGGACAUGGAGGAUCUGAACAGGAAGGCCAUGCGUCUGGGAGGGGUGGGGGGUCUGGACCCAGACUGCAUCUCCCUGGCCUCCGUCACUGCCGUCACCACCAAUGUCUCCAACAAGAGAUCAAAGCCUGAUAUCAAGAUGGAGCCUAGUUCUGGGAGGCCUGUGGAUUACCAGAUUAGCAUCACAGUCGUUGAGGCCAGGCAGCUGGUUGGCCUUAACAUGGACCCUGUGGUCUGUGUGGAGAUUGGGGACGACAAGAAGUACACCUCCAUGAAGGAGUCCACUAACUGCCCCUACUACAAUGAGUAUUUUGUCUUUGACUUCCACGUCCCACCAGAUGUCAUGUUUGACAAGAUCCUGAAGCUCUCAGUGAUCCACUCUAAGAACCUGCUGCGGAGUGGCACCUUAGUUGGAACUUUCAAGCUGGAUGUUGGCACAGUCUACUCCCAGCCUGAGCACCAAUUCUACCACAAGUGGGCCACACUGUCCGACCCUGAUGACAUCACGGCCGGCUGCAAAGGUUACAUCAAGUGUGACAUCGCCGUGGUGGGGAAGGGGGACAACAUCAAGACUCCCCACAAGGCCAACGAGACGGAUGAAGACGACAUAGAAGGGAACCUCCUUCUUCCGGAGGGUGUUCCCUUAGAGAGACAGUGGGCACGAUUCUACGUGAAGAUCUACCGCGCUGAGGGCCUUCCCAAGAUGAACACCAGCAUCAUGGCCAACGUUAAGAAGGCCUUCAUAGGGGAGAACAGAGACCUGGUGGACCCCUACGUACAAGUGCUCUUCGCCGGACAGAGAGGGAAGACGUCGGUCCAGAAGAGUAGUUAUGAGCCGAUCUGGAACGAGCAGGUGGUCUUCACUGAGAUGUUUCCUCCGCUCUGCAAACGCAUGAAGGUCCAGAUAAGAGACUCCGACAAAGUCAACGACGUCGCCAUAGGAACACACUUCAUUGACCUGCGAAAGAUCGCCAAUGAUGGUGACAAAGGGUUCCUGCCCACCAUGGGCCCAGCCUGGGUCAACAUGUAUGGCUCCACCCGCCAGUACACUCUGAUGGAUGAGCACCAGGACUUGAAUGAGGGGCUGGGGGAAGGCGUGUCCUUCAGGGCCCGCCUCCUCAUCUCCGUUGCCGUGGAGAUCCUGGACACCACCUCCACUGAGAUUGUAAGCUCCACCGAGGUGCAGGUGGAGCCUGUCUCUAACAUCUCAGAGAGUGUUACAGGGAAAAUAGAGGAAUUCUUCCUGUUUGGUUCCUUCCUGGAGGCCACCAUGAUCGACAGGAAGAUCGGCGAUAAGCCAAUCAGCUUCGAGGUCACAAUAGGCAACUACGGCAACCAGAUAGAUGGAGUGAGCAAGCCCUCGGCAGCUAAGAAGAAGAAGAAAGAGGGAGGAGGAGGAGGAGAGAGUGAUGAGGAGGAGUCAGAGCUGAUCCAGCAGAACUCCAGUGAGGACGAAGCAGAUGAUGAUGGGGACCUGGUGUCUGUGUCCUCCUCCCCACCCAUGAAACCUGUCAUAACAGACAGGAACUACUUCCACCUGCCCUACUUUGAGAAGAAGCCGUGUAUCUACAUCAAGAGCUGGUGGCAGGACCAAAGGAGAAGACUUUACAACUCCAACAUCAUGGACAAGAUCGCUGACAAACUGGAGGAGGGUCUGAAUGAUGUGCAGGAGAUCAUCAAGACAGAGACAGCCUAUCCAGAGCGCAGACUCAGAGGGGUGCUGGAGGAACUCAGCACUGGCUGCAAUCGUUUCGUCACUUUGGCCAACAAGGACCAGAACCAGGCAGGCAGAACCAAACUGGACAAAGAGAGACUCAAGUCCUGCAUGAGAGAGAUGGAGAGCAUGGGCCAGCAGGCCAAGCUGAUUCGCUCCCAGGUGAAGAGGAACACAGUGAGGGACAAACUGAAGAUGGUUCAGAACUUCCUGCACAGGCUACGUUUCCUUGCCGACGAGCCCCAGCACAGUAUCCCAGACGUGUUUGUAUGGAUGAUGAGUAGCAACAAGCGUAUCGCCUACGCCCGCAUCCCCUCCAAAGACAUCCUCUACUCCAUCGUAGACGAGGAGACAGGCAAGGACUGUGGCAAGGUCAAAGCCGUCUUCCUCAGGCUGCCUGGUAAGAAGGGGUUUGGUCCAGCCGGGUGGACAGUGCAGGCUAAGAUGGAGAUGUACCUGUGGUUGGGCCUCAACAAACAAAGGAAGGACUUCCUGUCUGGCCUGCCCAAUGGCUUUGAAGAGAACAAGGCUCCCAGGACAGGCUCGUGUCUGCAGUCUUUACCCCCUAUCAGUCUGGUUUAUAACAUGAAGCAGGUAUUCCAGCUGAGGGCUCACAUGUACCAGGCCAGGAGUCUGUUUGCUGCAGACAGCAGUGGCCUGUCAGACCCCUUCGCCAGGGUCUUCUUCUCCACACACAGCCAGGUCACUGAGGUCCUGAGUGAGACUCUGUGCCCUACGUGGGAUCAGCUGCUGGUGUUUGAUGAUGUUGAGCUGUUCGGGGAGGCCGGCGAGCUACGAGACGACCCACCUAUCAUUGUGGUAGAGGUCUACGACCAGGACACUGUGGGCAAGGCAGAGUUCAUUGGUCGUACGUUUGCUAAGCCCAUCACUAAGAUGUGUGACGAGCACUACGGACCCCCGAGGUUCCCCCCUCAGCUAGAGUACUACCAGAUCUACCGUGGUAACUCUACCGCCGGUGACCUACUGGCUGCCUUCGAGCUGCUACAGAUUGGUCAAGGGGGGAGGGCGGAGCUUCCUGCCAUCAAUGGUCCAACAGACUCAGACCGUGGACCCAUCCUCCCUGUGCCAAUGGGCAUCAGACCUGUCCUAAGCCGUUAUCGCAUAGAGGUUCUGUUCUGGGGCCUGCGGGACCUGAAGAGGGUGAAUUUGGCCCAGGUGGACAGACCCAGGGUCGACAUAGAGUGUGCAGGGAGAGGAGUCCAGUCUGCACUCAUCGUGAACUUCAAAAAGAACCCCAACUUCAGCACACUGGUCAAGUGGUUCGAGGUGGACCUGCCAGAGAACGAGCUGCUCCACCCUCCUCUUAACAUCCGGGUAGUGGACUGCAGGGCAUUUGGCCGAUACACCCUGGUGGGUUCCCACGCCGUCACCAGCCUACGACGCUUCAUCUACAGCCCCCCAGACAAGACGCAAAACAACUGGGCCAGCGCAGCUAGACUGAUGAAUGGCUACAUGGUCCUGACCAACGGGGGGUCCCAAUCUCGCCCCUCCUCCCCUUACUCCCGCACCCUGCCCCGCACCCUCUCUCACCCCACAGGUGAUGUCAUAAUCAACAUGGAUGCCAACCCCUCAGUCAGGAAAAUGGACACGGUGGUGAAGUUAGAUGCUUCGUCUGAUGCAGUAAUUAACGUUGAUGUGAAUGAGGAGGAGAAAGAAGAGAAGAAGAAGAAGAAGAAGAAAAAGAAGGGAGAGGUGGAGGAGGACGAUGAGACCGACGAGAGAAUGCUGGACUGGUGGUCCAAAUAUUUUGCUUCGAUAGAGACACUGAUGGAGAUCCUCAGGGCCCAAGAGGCAGCUCUGGCUGAGGCCGAGGAGAGGGAAGAGCAGGAGAUAGCAGCAGAGGGAGCAGAUAUCAAACCUGAUGACCUCCCUGUAAAAGGCUCCAAGGGGAAGGAGAAGAGCCGAGACAAGAGCAGGAACAAGGACAAGAAGAAGAGUCACCAUGCAGGAGAGGGGACAGAGAAACGCCCCAGCAAACCCAAAGUGAACGAGCUGCUGGUGUACAACAAGGAGUUGGAGGCAGAGUAUGACAACUUUGAGGACUGGCUCCAUACCUUCAACUUGUACAGAGGGAAGGCAGGGGACGACGAUGAAGCAGCCCUGGAUGACGACAGGAUCGUGGGCAGAUUCAAGGGCUCCAUGUGCAUGUACAAACUGCCUCUGUCUGAGGAGAUCACCCGGGAGGCGGGCUUCGACCCUAACAUGGGCAUGUUCCAGAGCAUUCCACACAAUGACCCAAUCAAUGUGCUGGUGCGAGUCUUCGUAGUCAGGGCCACAGACCUCCAUCCUGCUGAUGUCAAUGGGAAAGCGGACCCCUACGUCGUCAUCAAACUGGGCAAGUCAGAGCUGAAGGAUAAAGAGAACUAUAUCUCCAAACAGCUCAACCCUGUCUUUGGCAAAGCGUUUGACAUGGAGGCUACGUUCCCCAUGGAGUCCAUGUUGACUGUUUCAGUGUACGACUGGGAUCUGGUGGGCACUGAUGACCUCAUCGGGGAGACCAAGAUCGACCUGGAGAACCGCUACUAUAGCAAACACAGAGCUACCUGUGGCAUCGCUAACAACUACUCUGUGCAUGGUUACAACAUGUGGCGUGACCCCAUGAAGCCAAGCCAGAUCCUGGCCAAGCUCUGUAAGGAGGGCAAGCUGGACGGACCCCACUACGGCCCCGGGGGAAGGGUCAAGGUCGCCAACCGUAUCUUCAUGGGUGCCACAGAGAUUGAGGAUGAGACUGGUCUAAAGAAGCAGACAGAUGAGCACCUGGCACUGACGGUGCUGAAGCACUGGGAGGAGAUCCCUAGGGUGGGCUGUAAACUCAUCCCAGAACACGUCGAGACAAGACCCCUGUUUCACCCUGAGAAACCUGGCAUCGAACAGGGGCGGAUUGAGAUGUGGGUAGACAUGUUCCCCAUGGACAUGCCAGCACCUGGACCCGCCAUUGACAUAUCACCACGGAAACCAAAGAAAUAUGAGCUCAGGGUGGUUAUAUGGAAUACAGACGAAGUAAUACUCGAGGACGAUGAUUACUUCACUGGGGAAAAGUCCAGUGACAUAUUUGUCAGGGGGUGGCUGAAAGGGCAACAGGAGGACAAACAGGACACAGAUGUCCACUACCACUCUCUGACAGGCGAGGGGAAUUUCAACUGGCGCUUCGUGUUCCCCUUUGACUACCUGAUGGCCGAGGAGAAGAUUGUCAUCUCUAAGAAGGAGUCCAUGUUUUCCUGGGAUGAGACAGAGUACAAGAUCCCUGCACGCCUCACCCUGCAGGUCUGGGACGCUGACCACUUCUCCGCUGAUGACUUCCUAGGUGCAAUAGAGCUGGACCUGAACAGGUUUCCCCGCGGGGCGAAGACAGCCAAGCAGUGUUCCAUAGGCAUGGUCCAGAAUGAGGCUGAGCUGCCCUGCAUUUCCAUCUUCAAACAGAAGAGAGUCAAGGGCUGGUGGCCAUUCGUGGCCCGUGACGAAAACGACGAGAUGGAACUCACGGGUAAAGUGGAGGCGGAGCUUCAUCUGAUGUCGGCAGAGGAAGCGGAGAAAAGUCCUGUUGGUCUGGGACGCAAUGAGCCUGACCCUCUGGAGAAACCAAAUCGGCCGGACACCACGUUCCUGUGGUUCCUGAGCCCCCUGAAGGCCAUCCGCUACCUGGUGUGUAACCGCUACAAGUGGCUUAUCAUCAAGAUUGUUGUGGCCCUGCUGCUGCUCAUGAUGCUGGGGCUCUUCCUCUACAGCAUGCCUGGCUACCUGGUCAAGAAGAUGCUGGGGGCCUGAGGGGGCUGAUUGGGGCUGCAGGG